UCCCCAACCCCAUUUCCGGAGAUGAUCCAGGCCCCAGGGCUGCAGAGUGACCACAGGGUCUCCCCCACUCCUCCCAGCCCAGGCCCUGGGCUCUACACCAAAUGGCCUAGCUCAAGGGCUAUCCCCCAUGCCAUCCAGAGUCCCUGUUCCCCUGUUAGGGAGGAGGGGCCCAGCCCCCACUCCCACCCACUCCUCCCCCUGCCUCUGCAGCCUCCCUGGGCACUGUCUGAGCAGGCCUGCCUGGCAAGCUAGGACAUGUCUGGCCCCCGAGGACAGUUGGUGGGUGAUGUCUGCAGUGGCGGAGGGGCUGGAGCUCGAGGCAGCCGCUGCUGCUGCAGAAGAUGCUGCAAGAGAUGCUGCGGAGGCUGUGGAUACAGGGCCCGAGGAACCUCCUCUCCUGGCUGGGAACCGGCUGAGCUUGGACCUGUACCCUGGGGGCUGUCACCGGUUGCUGCACCUGUGUGCUCAGCAGCCCUCUCAGCUGCUGCAGGUGGAGUUCUUGCGGCUGAGCACCCACGAAGACCCUCAGCUGCUGGAGGCUGCCCUGGCCCGGGUGCCUUGGAGCCUACCACUCCUCCGUUCCCUGGUCCUCAAAGGUGGGCAACGCCGGGACGCACUGGGUGCCUGCCUCCGGGGCACCUUGAUCACGCUGCCUGACAGCCUGAGUGGCCUGGCCUGCCUGGCCCACCUGGACCUGAGCUUCAACAGCCUGGAGACACUGCCGGCCUGCAUCCUAGAGAUGCAUGGCCUGGACGCUCUCCUGCUCUCUCACAACCGCCUGUCAGAGCUGCCUGAGGCCCUGGGGGCCCUCCCGGCCCUCACCUUCCUCAGUGUGGCACACAAUUGCCUGCAAACGCUGCCCAAAGCACUAGGGGCCCUGUCCACCCUGCAGCGCCUUGAUCUCUCUGAGAACCUUCUGGACACUCUGCCCCCUGAGGUUGGAGACCUCAGCAGCCUCUGUGAGCUCAGUCUGGCCUCCAAUCAGCUGCAGAGCCUCCCGGCUUCCCUUGUGGGGCUGCGGUCCCUGCGGCUCCUUGUUCUGCACAGCAACCUCCUGACCUCGGUGCCUGCUGGCCUGGCUCACCUCCCGCUGCUCACCCGACUCGACCUGAGGGACAACCAGCUCCGGGACGUGCCCCCUGAGCUACUAAGUGCCCCCUUUGUGCGGCUCCAGGGGAACCCCCUGGGUGAGGCCUCACCAGAGCCCCCAAGUUCCCCAGGGACACUCCUGGUCCUGGAAAUGCCCAGACUGUUCCUGACCUCAGAUGUGGACAGCUUCCCUGUGACCCCCCAAGGCUGCUCUGUGACCCUGGCCUGUGGCGUCCGCCUACAGUUCCCUGCGGGGGCCACAACUACCCCCAUCACCAUCGGCUAUCAGCUGUGGCUACCAGAGCCAGGCCUCGUCCCCCUGGGUCCUCAUGACUCCCUGCUCAGCGGUGUCCUAGAGCUGCGGCCCCACGGGGUGGCCUUCCAGCAGGAUGUCGGCCUGUGGCUGCUCUUUGUCCCCCCACGGGCCCGGCGUUGCCGUGAGGUGGUAAUCAGGACCCGGACAGACAACAACUGGAGUGACCUGGAUACCCACCUGGAGGAAGAGGCACCCAAGCGGCUCUGGGCUCACUGCCAGGUGCCCCACUUUUCUUGGUUCCUCGUGGUUUCACGCCCUGUGUCUAACACCUGCCUGGUGCCACCAGAGGGGACCCUGCUGUGCUCCUCAGGUCAUCCUGGGGUCACGGUCACCUUCCCCCCUGGGGCCACCGAGGAGCCUCGUCAAGUCUCCAUGCAGGUGGUGCGCAUGGCCGGCCAAGAGCUGCGAGCUCUCCUGGGGGAGCCGGAGACUGCAGUCAGCCCCCUGCUGUGCCUCUCGCAGAGCGGCCCCCCCAGCUUCCUCCGACCAGUCACUGUGCAGCUUCCUCUGCCCCCUGGCGUCACAGGCCUCAGUGUGGACCGCUCCCGCCUGCACCUGCUAUACUUGGCCCCUCCUGCAGCCACCUGGGAUGACAUCACAGCUCAGGUGGUACUGGAGCUCACCCACCUAUAUGCUCGCUUCCAGGUCACGCACUUCUCCUGGUCAGUGCCCCCCCAACUUCCUCAGUGCCCCCCCCCCAAGUCUGUACAGCCCACCUCACCCUCCAGCCCUCCCAGGUACUGGCUCUGGUACACCACCAAGACCUGUGUGGGGGGCUUGGCACGGAAGGCUUGGGAGCGGCUGCGGCUGCACCGCGUGAACCUCAUUGCCCUGCAGAGACGCCGGGACCCAGAGCAGGUCUUGCUGCAGUGCCUGCCCCGAAACAAGGUGGAUGCUACCCUGCGGCGGCUGCUCGAGCGGUACCGUGGCCCGGAGCCCUCUGACACCGUGGGGAUGUUUGAGGGCGAGCAGUUCUUUGCAGCCUUCGAGAGGGGCAUUGACGUGGAUGCUGACCGCCCAGACUGCGUGGAGGGCAGGAUCUGCUUCGUGUUCUACUCACAUCUGAAGAAUGUGAAAGAAGUGUACGUGACCACCACUCUGGACCGGGAGGCUCAGGCUGUGCGGGGCCAGGUGUCCUUCUACCGGGGCACGGUGCCCAUGGAGGUGCCCGAGGAGGCUGAAGCCGCCCGGCGGAGGAAGGAUGUGGAUGCCCUGUGGAUGGCCACUCUGCCCAUCAAGCUGCCGAGACUGCGGGGAUCGGAGGGGCAAGGGUGGGGGGCUAGCCUCUCCCUGGCACCUCUGAACCUGGGUGAUGCUGAGACCGGCUUCCUGACUCAGAGCAACCUGCUGAGCGUGGCUGGGCGCCUGGGUCCUGACUGGCCGGCUGUGGCCCUGCACCUGGGCAUGCCCUACCGUGAUCUGCAGCGCAUCCGACAUGAGUUCCGGGACGACCUGGACGGGCAGAUCCGCCAUAUGCUGUUCUCCUGGGCUGAGCGCCAGGCUGGGCAGCCUGGGGCUGUGGGGCUCCUGGUGCAGGCCCUGGAGCAGAGUGACCGGCAGGACGUGGCUGAAGAGGUGCGCGCCGUCUUGGAGCUCGGCCGCCGCAAGUACCAGGAUGGCAUCCGGCGCACGGGCUUGGCGUCCGAGGACCCCGCUCUACCUGGCUCUUCGCCUUCAGAGUCCCCAGAGCCUGGCCAGGCCUAGGCCCCAGACUUUAGGCUGGCCCCUGACAUACCGUGGCCGACGGGCAGGUCCCCCUACCUUCAAGCCUGUCCUGUGAAUGGGGUUGGUGGUCCUCCAUGUGCAACAAACCUGCACUGUUGGCUGUGCCAUCUCA